AUGAAUUAAUAAUUCUAAAUUCAUGAUAUUAUUAUUGCUCCAAGCUUAUCAAUUAAAAUAAGGAAUACAAUUUAAUUCAGACAUGGAUAGGAUGGAUUCCAUUUAUGGGAAGUAAUAAAUAAUAGUUAUGUUAUUAAAGGCAGGGAUUGUAUUGACAAGAUAUGUAUUUUAUAACAUUAUGCCAUAAAAAUCAAUAUUCAUGGAUUUAGGAACUGGAGUAGGUAUUACAGGCAUUUUGAUAUCUAAAUAUACUCGAGUUAUUAUGACUGAUUAUAAUUAAGAUGUGUUAGAUAACGCAUGGAUGAAUGUAAAGUUAAAUCAGUCACAAUGUAUUUUAAUGUAAUUAGAUUGGAGAAAUCAUAAUAAAAUAAGUUUCUAAGUAGAUUUAAUUGUUGGAAGUGAUUUAGUUUAUUCAGGAGCACCUUUAAAUGACUUAUAUUAAACAAUACUUAAAUUAUUAAGUAUGUUAUAAAAGUAUUUUAGAAUAAAAUGGAAAAUUUUAUUUGAUAAUUCCAAGUAAUAGAAUGUGUACAUCAGAAUUUAUAGAAAUAAUGAAUUCGGAAGGAUAAUUUGAAAUUUAAAAGGAAUUAUUGGAAGAUGAAAAAUAUUAUCAACCUUGUUUGUUAGAUUAAGAAUAAUCAUAUACAUUUUAUCCUGGUUUAAAAGAACUUAAAUUUUACAUGUAUAUAUUUAUUAAAAAAUGA